GUGGGGCUUCUAUCCGACGUUUCAAACUCGUAAUUUUAUAGAAGAAAAAAAAAAAACUAGUCAUAAUUGGAAAAAUCCAUGCUGCCGAAAAAAUUCAUCCUUUUCUGCGCAUGUGUUACUUUUCUCGCUUUGUGCUACGAAAUCGGAACAAGAAUGGGAUUUGUGGAAGAGUUGUGCAAUGAAAUCGAGGAAGAUUCCGUGGAUGAAGAUUUGAUUUCAUUUGUGCGGGAUAAAAUUUUGAUUAAACCAUCGAUCAAAGCUUAUAAUUUGACUACGAUUCCUGGGUUUGACACUUCGAUGAACGAUAUCGUCUCGAAAUUUAUAAUCCCAACAUUUUUCCCUGGAAAAAAGUCUGGAGUUUUCUUUGAAGCAGGUGCACUGGAUGGUGAAAUUCUUUCCACUUCACUUUAUCUCGAAAGAACACUGAAUUGGACGGGUUUGUUAGCUGAAAUGAACCCAAUGGCUAUUGAAUUAUUGCUUGCAAAAAAUCGCAAAUCCUGGAUUGCUCCUGUUUGUCUGUCACCUCGACGGAAACCCAUUAAAGUAGAGAUGAACAUGUUGCAUGACCCAAAAUUACUUCACACAAUGUGGGGAGCGACAAUAAGUGCCAAAAAAUGGGCAAAGAACAUGAAAACCUGGAACCACAAAGGGAAAGUUCCAUUUUCUGCCACAGUUGAUUGUUAUCCUCUCGAAGCUCUGCUUUCAGCAGCAAAUUUUCAAGAAAUCGACUUGUUCUCGCUAGACGUUGAAGGCGUCGAACUUCAAGUGCUCAAAACAAUCAACUGGGACAAUGUCAAAAUCAAGGUCAUUUUGUUGGAUUUGCUGCACACGGAAGAAGGCGAAGCUGCUGUUGCUGAAUUUUUGCAGUCGGUCGGAUUCGUUUAUAUCCGAGGGAAAGGCGCUGAAGUUGUUUACGUUUCAGAAGCUCAUUUGCGAACAAUCGAAAACAUUUCAAUUUGUAUCACUCUAGCGCUUUUCGCUAUUGGCGUAAACGCGAGGAAAGACAGCCUUGAUUUGGAAGUUGAAGAUGCUAUGAACAGCUUGAAACUCGAGGAUGAAAUCCUGAAUUUCAACGAACAACCUGUGCCAAUUUGGACAUGUUUGCAACGCGUCGGACAAAUAGUGAGGAGGUCGAACGAUUACCCCGUUCUGGUCAGGACCGGGGUCGGACUCAGCGCAAUUUCCUCAGCUUCAGGGUGUCCCCAAUGGAUUCACGUACAAACAGAACGUGAAAUGCGAUCAGCAGAACGUCGUCAAGAAUUGAGUCUCGUUGAGCAAGUCGGAGAAGUCCUGACCUCGGGUUUCGCAAUGCCUCGAGGUGACCUGUGCCCGAAGGACACGGCUCAGUGCCAAACUGGUGCCUUCGUUAUAGUUUAUGCUUAUUUCUGCUUGUCGAUGAACAAUCCUCCUGAAAACCGAGCCAUGAGUGAAUGGACACUUUGGGUACGGAAUUUAAGCAAGGCAAUCUCAGACAAUGGCGGGAUCCGGGCAUCAGUGUACAAACUUUACCGCCAGAAUGAUUUGAAAGAUGGAAAAUUGGUUGGAGAAGAUCAGUUUGGCAAUAAAUAUUAUGAGAACACCCGGUACUUUUUCGGCAGAAACAGAUGGGUCAUUUACCAUCCAAGUGUUGGAGUGGAUUAUGAUGGGAGUAUGAUCCCUCCAGACUGGUAUGGAUGGUUGCACUACAAAACUGACUUCGCGCCGACUGUCAAGGCUCGCGUAAAAUACCCAUGGAUGAUGAAGUACGAAAAAAAUCUUUCGGGUACUAAACAUCAGUAUACUCCUUAUUCAACCACUGUCCCUAAAAUUGUCGCCUGGAAACCGAAAUCAAAGUCUAAGGAUUGA